CUAUAGCUGCCGAUGGCGUUCGCCUGUCCCGCGCUGGCGCACUCAGGCGGUACCACGGCCGGGCAGGACCCGGAGGGUAGUCAGGCGCCCUGCGGCGGGGAAGGACCCCGCCCGGAAGCGGGGGCUCCACAGCGGUCGCCGCCGUCUGUGGAGGAGCUGGCCUUAGAGCUCAGCCCAGAGGAGGGGAGGGCACCGGUGCUCCCCUUAGGAAAUAAAUCCCUUUCCUUCCUAAUUAAAACUGAUUACUUUGAUUGUGCUGUUAGUUACCAAUGUUGGACUCUGGCAGACGUCAUCCGUGCCAGGCGGGAGCAUCAUUUUGAGACGCUGAAUGAAAAAAAGGAAAUGGUUCAUUCUCAAAGUGAGUUCUCUGACUGCUGCUGCUCAGCCCAUACCUAAAUUACUUGCAGAUGAAGACAGCCAUGAAACUCAAAAGUGUAGAGACCUCAAGACCCAGUCUUCUUAAGUAACCUUAAGAAAGGCUUUGGUUUAUAAGCCAACGAUUAUUGUUCUCAUCCUUAAAACUUUUUUCUGUGCGUACAUCAUGAUUUCAAGGUAUUCAGUAUUAAAUCCAUUUCCUCCAAAAGCCUGCACUGCCUCUGUAGCUACUUGGUUUGCAACAUCACCCAUGAAUGCCUUUGCAAUGGAAGCAUAGUAGGUGUUCCUGCGACCAGCCUCAACACGCCACGCAGCUCUUUGAUUAAAAAGAAUGUUUACUUACCACAGCUUUCUGGUAUCUGUGACUUUAUAAGACCAAGUUCCCAAGCCCAUUUUAUGAGUGGAAGUGGAUACCGAAGGUAAAGAAAAGUCACAAAUUUUUCCAGUUGCCAGACUAUGAGAAAAGAGAAAACAAGUCUCAGUUCCUUCCAGGAUAAUCCAAACUACCAGGACCCACCUUGCUGGGCCUCUCCAGAAAUCGAAGAAGCUCAACUUCCUCUUUCUCUUGAGAUAAAACCUCCACUGAUCUCUAAUCAAUGCCUACAAUGCACGCACUUACGUCUGACAAAAUUAUUCAUAAAAUAAUGAAAAUGGAGUAGGAAGUACCAUGUAACAUAAAAUGUAUCACCAAAAGAAACGAGAAGCAUGGUGUGCUAAUUAAAUGAAGGAGGAGACGGAGCAGAUAAAUGUUCCUUAUUUGAGGAUUCUGGCUAGUCAGUUUCAAACAUCUAGCCGCUGACCCACUAAAUUUGCUUUUACAUGUAUAAUAUGCCUUGAUGAGGAUGAAUUUCUGUAGCUAAGACUACAUUCAGCUAUUUUAACAUUGUAAAAGCCAAUGUGAGACAAUUCAAAGCUAAGGCAAUGUUCUCAACAAGAAAGCUCAAGACAGACUUUAGUUAAAAAAAAGAAGAAAACCUCACAAAUAUCACACACACGGCUUUCUCUGGCCUUCCUGAGCCAGAGAAGAAAGUAAUUUUGGUUUUGAAAUACUUUUUUUUAAAAAAGACUAGAAAUCUGUUCAGAAUAAACACCUUCAUUGUAAAUUCAUACUGAACUGCAAAACAGUUGGGUUUUUUCUUAACUCUGUGAUGUGUCCUUAACUGUUAUAUUUCUUUCAAAAACUGCAAUACUUACCAAAGCUAAAGCCAGCUCCAGGUUUGCUUAUAUGUACGUUUUGAGUAGGUUUACUAGAACAUGAUCUCCAUCCAUGCCCUGCAGUGGGUCGGAGCAUCUGGUAAAGAAAGAAAAGAACAUGAGGUGUAAGAUCUUUCCAGCUCAAGUCUCAUAAAGCUACUAGCCUGACUGCAAGCACCAGUGCCCAAUGAAGCAUGAAGAACACAGGCAAUAAUAGGUAUCAACACAGUGAAAAAAAGGUUUUUUUCAUAGAAUACUGAAAACAUCUAUAAAUUAAAAGGUGAAGAAAUACAGGAACACCACUGCUAGGCAUAAAAGCGCUGAAUACUGAACUGUUAAGUGAGUGUAUUAAUAGUUCAGGGUGGUAUUUUCCAGUAGGCAAUAUACGUAAGGAUGUGGGAGACCACCUGCCUGCUCCGUCAACCUCCGUAUUGUCUGACUCAGUGGAUUCAGCGACAAGUCACCGGUAUCCAUGCUCAAACUCAAUUUCUCGUGCAUUCCACCAGCUCUGCCACCCCGGUGGAAACACCACUGUGACAGCGGCGUGCUUGUGGGUGGGGCUGAACUCCAACCCCCGGUAUCCCAAGUGUCACCUUGCAUCUCUGAGGGCCAGCUGCUCUCGCUGGUGCUGCCUUCACUGACCACCACUGUCGCAGCGCCGCUUUGGGCCGGUGGUUGUGCCCGGUUGUGCCGGGGGACAUUGCCGCUGCUUGAGGGAAGGGUGCGGCUGCCCGGCCUCCCUGACCUAGCGCCCUUCACCUUUCCCUUAAUUCAGGAGCACUCUGGAAACGGGGAGAGCAGGAAAAAUGCCAGUCCAAACACAGUACUGCCUGAGAUGCGAACCCUUCAUGCUGUCUAGUGGGAGGCUGUCAGUGGUUGACAUGGAGACCUCAUCGCCCACAGGCCCUGCCAUGGCCCAGGUCACAAGCCCUGGGGCCCAAGUGCUCAGCCCCAGGUACAGCCCCACAGCCAGGGUCAGAGCGGUUCCUGCUGCUGCUUCAAGGAUCGCCAGCCCGAGCCCUGACAACUGGAGAGGCAUCACUGAGGGUUCGGUUGUCUGUUCCUCCCCUGGGAGUGUCGUCGGCUGGGUCUGGCUCAGGCUGAAGUUGAAGAGAUCAGAAGAAGGUGAUGUGAAGAUGGCCACUAGCGACGUCCUGGUGGCUCUGGCCCGUUCCCACUUCCACUUUGUCAUGUCUGAACUCCAGAGCCACCUGAAGGCUGUGAGGAAUAUCCCUGAUGCUCCUCACCUUGAGCAAAAAGGCCCGCAGCUACGCCCUGCAGUGCAUCCCUUUUGUGGGAAUGACGCUGCUCACCCUGUGCACCAUGCUGAGCUGGGUGAGGAGUGGCCGGAUCCUGCGCGCCCUCUGCAGUGUUCUGGAACAACGGUGAAAAGGAGUCAAUACAUACUUUGGUAACUGGGAGCAAUGCCUCUUCCCUCACAAGGGGGUAGCACAGUUCUGUGAAGCCGCUUACCUGGUCUUCUGCUAUGCCAUGGUAAACUGGCUGGACUGCAAGGAUGCAGAGGACAAGCAGGCUGUUCUCAGAACAGUGAUUGCCAUGAUGAGGGUCCUUCUGCAUGAAGAGCAGCACCGAGAGAAUGCCUGGGAGCAGCUCCUCUGGCUCCUGCACCAGUAUCAGGAGGUCCGAGACACCUCCCGGGUCACCAAGAGCCUCAGCUAUGUCCUGGAGAUGCUGGUGGGAGUUCAGACCCCAUUCCCACAGGGCACAGCUCUUGCCAUUAGCACCGCUGUGCACCUCCAAGUAAGGCACCGCCGGCCUGGGACCCGCACACCUGAUUGCCAUGGAGGGGAAAGACCUGCUGGCUGGCAGGGAAGGAAUGGCAGGGCAGGGAGUCUGUCCGCUGGGACCUUCCUGCAGGCCAGGAGCAUGCCAGGAUUUGUGAUCCAGGUGCCACCUUAAGACUGCAGGAGACCUGAUCCUGGCUGAUUGGAAUGGUCCCGAGGGGCAGCCCAGUUCCCACAGCAAUUUCCCUCUUGGCCAAGUCGCAGGAGGACUCUGGAGCGCAGGCACCCUAAGGGCGGCCUUUUGACAGCUGCUCAGCAUCAGCUUCUGGGCAGCCUGGGCUGCUGCAAACCUCUGUGUGUGCCCAGGGCCACCGUGGGGUGGGCUGGGUUUUGGCUGUGGGUCCUGUGCCCAGGGAGAAGAGAGUGGAGAGCACCAUUUCUUUUCAGUCCCUCUCAACACUGAUGUGACUUUCUGUAAAAUGGACCUUGUUCCCACAACUCUCUGAUGUGACCAAGGAGCCUGUCCCAUCCCAUAAGGCAGGGCUGUCUCACUGCAUCAUCCUGCAGGGUAAGGAGAAGAGACUUGGCGAUGCCCGGCUGUGCUGUGGCAGCUCUUUCCCCAACCUUGGUGGUCGGGGGCAGCUACCUGCUAACGCAGAAUGCAAUUUCUUCCCCACGGAGAUGGUCAUGUUUCUAUACUGCCAGCUGAGCGGUGGGAGUGAGGCCAGUUGCGUGGCAGCCCUGGGCCUGCUGGGAGUGCUGGCCUGCUCUGACGGUCAGUGUCACGGACCAGGGACAAAAGGCAGGGGUUGGGGCUGCUGGGCUGAGAGCAGGAGCGGCCUGAAAGUGGUGCACCUGCACCCAAAAGGAGCUGCAAAGAGUGGGUCCCCCAGCCAAGCUGACACCCCACGACAGGGCUUGGGCUCUCCCCCGGCAGUUAGAAAUGGCGGCACUCCAGGAACAGUGCUCCAAGCUCAGUAACGCAGACCGGCUGGUGAGUGGGCUGGUAUGCACAGGAGCUGCUUGUACCGAUGCCAUUUCUCUCAUCCUUUGUGUUGCCUUAUUACCGUAGCUUUCAGUCCCCAUAGAGUCCGUGCCUCUAGAAAUAGAGUUGCUCCAACUAUGCUGCUGCCUCCUGUGAAGUCAGAGUCAGGCCCCGCUUUUCUGUCCCAUUGGUGUGCAAAAAACUUGGAAACUUCAACGGAUCCCUUCUGCCAUCAGGGCUGUGCCUCAACACACACCUCUCUGUACCUCUUCCAGCACCUGUGACAAGGGAGAAGCUGCCCCAGUGCCCAGAUGAGCUGUUUUGGGAAGGGAUGGUGCCACCAGGGGAGGCAGAGAAACCCUUUCCCUCGGGGCAGAACUGGGGCUCCUGGGGAAGUGCUGGCACAUUGCCCAGGAGGUGGGUGAUGGCUCCUCCCCAGGAAGAGCUGGCAGAGUG